AAGAAGAAGACGUCAACUCGGCUCGGUAGUGUUUGAAUCUCACUGAUGGAAACGCGGUUAGGGGGAAAGUAGUUCAAAUUUUUGAUUACAGUCAGCGGCGAAGGUAGGAUCCAGGUGGACUUCACAUAGGAAGAUAUAAACGUAAGGAUCCUACAUGGCUGCUCCAACAUUGCAACAGCCCAGUUUCCUCCUGGCCAACCUUAAAGCUGACUCGACCACCAAAACUCUCCUCCAGCGAUGCCAAGAUCUGGUGAAGAUCAUCGAUGAAUAUCCUGCAAAGGAGCUGCACUUGAUUUUCCCCUGGCUGGUGGAGAGCGUGUUCGGCAGUCUGGACGGCGUCAUCGCUGGCUGGAACCUGCGACUCCUGCACUCACGGAGCAAUGAGUACAACAUUGCUAUGGAGUUUCUAAACCCCAGCGGGCCGAUGAUGAAGCUCGUCUAUAAACUUCAAGCAGAAGAGUACAAAUAUGAAAUUCCUGUCAAUUAUCUCCCGGGUCCAGUGAAGGCCUGCUUCCAGGAGGGAGUUCUCCCAGACUGCCCCCUGUUCCACAACAAGCUGCACUUCCCCCUGUCUGGUCUGCUGACUCUGAACCUUGCUCUCAAUCCAUUUGAAUUCUUCAUGUUCAAUUUUGCCUUCUGUCUCAUUACACCAAAGAAUUACCCUCAAGGCCAACAUGGAAGCUCCACUGACAGCGCCUACUUUGUUCUCGUGGACACGUACCUCAAAUACUUCCUCCCCAGUGAAGGAAGUGUACCACCUUCCCCCUUCUCUGACUCCAGAGGCUCAGUCACUGCACCUUCACCGAGAUCUUCUUCUUUCGCUGGUUAUGGCGUUCACAGCCCCAGUCUCCUGAAACAUCACAUAUUCCAUCAACCCUCAGUCAACGCAGACCCGGCCGCCCAGGAGAUCUGGAGGUCUGAAACACUGUUACAAAUGUUUGUGGAGAUCUGGCUCCAUCACUACUCUCUGGAGAUGUACCAGAAGCUGCAGUCUCCUCAGGUGAAGCUGGCGCUGCUGCAGUAUCGCCUCAGUAUGUCCAGCAUGCCGUGCCAACCCCACGCCCCACCAGGCUCUGGGACCCUCCACACCUACCAAGUACUUUUACCUUUUCAUUCACCCCCGCCCCUCUGGGGCCUCCUGGAGGAGCCCUUCAGCCCGACGGAGGAGCACGUGCUGGUGGUUCGUCUCCUGGUGAAACACCUUCACGCCUUCUCCAACAGCCUGAAGCCGGAGCAGCUGUCCUCCUCUCCGUCAGCCCACUCGCACACUCACACCAGCCCGCUGGAGGAGUUCAAGAGGGUGGUGGUGCAGCGUUUCGUUCAGCAGAAACUGUACCUGUUCCUCCAGCACUGCUUCGGCCACUGGCCUCUCGACGCCUCUUUCAGAGCGGUGUUGGAAACAUGGCUGAGUUACAUCCAACCGUGGAGAUACACAGGCGAGAAGACCAAUCCUCAGCCAGACCAAAACAGGACAGUACCUGACAAAUGGGAGUCGUUUGUUCAGGAGAACCUGCUCAUGUACACGAAGCUCUUCCAGGUUUUUUUGAACAGGACCGUGAGGACAGAUCUGGUUAAUGCCAAAAAUGCACUGAUGGUCUUCAGGGUGGCGAAAGUCUUCGCUCAGCCAAACCUCGCUGAGAUGAUCCAGAAAGGAGAGCAGCUGUUUCUGGAGCCAGAACACGUCCUCCACCACCGCCAGCCCCGCGGCUACCUGACGCCGAGCCAAGGAGGCAGCUACCUGUCGUCACGGCAACGGGUGAUGACAGAUAUGGUGUUCAGGGUGAAGAGUCACGUGUAUGCUUUGGAAGGUCAGGACUGCCAGUACAAACAGAUGUUUGGCACUGAGCUCAGAGGAGCCAGCCCAAAUGUUUCGUCCAUUUCACAGGUCAUGAAGUUAAUCCAGAUAAUUGCACAAGCCAGACACACAGCCAAGAGGAUAUCCGAUCACUCCAGUGAGGCGGCGGCUAAUAACUCCUUCCUGUCCUGGUUCGGGAUUGGCUCUUCUGAUCUCAACAACACCUUCGCCGGGGCCGAGCCAGAGGAGAGUGGGGAAUGUUUGAAAAAGACUCACGAAUUCCUGGACAGAGCUUUGGAGAACCUGUGUCAGAUCUUCAAGCUGAACCAAGGACAGCUGACUCAGCUUAUAUCCAACCUGAGUUCCUCUCAGGAUGAUGGCAACUGCAAGCAGCUGCCAGACUGCAUCCAGGGGGAGGACGGACUUAUUCUGACAGACCUGGGCAGGAGGCAGAUCAUAAAUGGACUGCGCAGGUUUGAGAUCCACUAUCAAGGAGACCCGGAGCUCCAGCCCAUUCGGAGCUAUGAGAACGCCCUGCUGGUCAGGCUUUUCUACAGGAUCUCUUCUCUGGUUAAUGAGAGGUUCGGAGGGCACAUGAACGCACUCUGCUCGCGUCCAGACUUCCUGGGUCGCCUGGGUCGUCACUACUUGGCGGAGGCGGAUUCCGGCACGAAACUGAAGCAGAGCCCGAUGUCCCGGCGGUCGUUGGAGGCGAACCGCCAGCCGAGGCUGAGCCUGCGCCUGCUGGCCAGCUACAGGACGAUACUGCUGCUGCUGCUCCUCUACAUGUUCGGAGCCCUCCUGUCGUUUGGCCCCAUGUCCAGCACUCUGCUCAUCCUCACAGGGGGAUUCCUAUACGGACUCUUCAUGACGCUGUUUGGAGACAAACUGAAAAGACACUAACUGAGCCGCAGGGUUCCUACACGUGUGGAAAAACACACCAUAAAUUUGAUCUGUCCUGUUUUUUUUGUUGUUUUUUUUUUAAUGUGCUCAAACUAGUAUUGAUGCAAGUGAUCGAUAGCUUGUUAUUGAUUAAUCUUUUCAUAAGCUGUUGGCCUCUGUAACAUCAGAAAACAGUUUAGAAAUGCCCGUCACAGUUUCCCAAAGCCAGUUUACUAUAAUAUAAAGGGGAGUUUUCACACUUUAGAAGCUUCAAUUAGAAAAUGUUUGGAUCUUUUAAUUAAAGGAUGACUUAAAAUGAUUCAUCGGUCUUCAAAGCAGUUGCUAAUAAAGUUUCAGUCGAUGGACUAACAAGUUAAUCGACUAAUCGUUGCAGCUUGAUAUUGAUCCUUGUAUAGAAAUAUUUUAUCUUGCCACCUGCUGCAGUGAAGCUGGAAUCAGUGUCAGUAAAGAAGACUCCUUUCGUUCUCAUGGGGUCUGGAGUGAUGUGGUUUCUGAGCACGGAGUCAAGUCUUCAGGUCUGCAGGCCUUUCUGAAGGGACAGCAUUUUGAGACGGGAUGUGUAGGAACCCUGUUGGCAGCAGACCGGCAGCUCUCGUCUUCUGGCUUUGAUAUGACUGCUUAACCGUUUUAAAUGUGGUUCAUUUAACCUUGUAAAUAAAAG